CCGCCUACCACCUUCAUGUCUGCUGUCCUCAAUGGCUGAACCAUGCUUUUCGUCUGACAUCCCUUCCAUGUCCUCUACUCACAAACGCUCUUUCGACGACAUGGACCCAGAGCUCGGCGCCCGGCCUGUCGAAACCAGCCGCAGGGACUCUUCUGUCGGUUCGUCUUCCAGCCCCGGAGGGAGUCGCGAACGCAGCAAACGUCCCCGAAACGACAGCGAGAGCGAAGUGGAUGAGUUACUUGUGUCAUCCAACACCUCCGUGUCCUCUUCCGGGAGCAGCAGCAGCCUCGAUAGCUACCACUCUGCACGAUCCUCCUUUACCGACAUCUCUCCUCAAUUGCUCCCCGCAGAUGACGCUGUGGAGGGCCAACUACUGCCCUUGGAUGACCCUUCGGUCCUCCUGGGCCCCGUAGACGAGCCCGAUGUCCCCAUGGACGAUAUCCUCUCGUUUGUAUCUCGUCAAGAUUCCAUCCCACCUCAGAAUGUCCCCUCGCCACUCCCACAGGCGGACCCCCAGGGAGACUUGUUCAGGAUGAUGGAGAGAGCCGACGCUUUCAACCGGGAGAUAUCGGCCUUGCGCCAGUCGCCCGUCCGAACAUCUGAACCACUGUGGCAGUCUUGGACGCCGAGCUUGCCAGAUACGAGCGCACAUGAGUCUCUGUCUUCGUCCUUCAAUGCGGGGGCCUCGUUCGGUGAGGAACAUCUCUUGCUACGGAAUCGUCUUUCUGCAGUCGUGGAACAACCCGAUGAGCCACCCUCUCGGCCCGAUCUGGGCAUUGGCGGAGAAACCUUCGGCGACCGACGUAGACGUCUGUCAACAUACGAGCGGGAUGCUGCCCGCCAAGGUGAUAUAAUAGGAAGGUCGAGAGCUCGUCAAGAGCUGCUGGACCAACUGCUUGCCGAUUCGGUACACACGAAUGAACCGGAGACUUCACCGCCUCACAUUUCAUCGCCCCGUAGAUCCCCGUUACACCAGCGGCUGGAAAUGUCAGCCCGUGUUGCUAGCCCACGAGCGCCGCCUGCGCCUUCAAGGCGCCUUUCCCCGCCAUCCAGGUCGGCCGGUUUGUCAGAAUUGCAUUCUUUCGUUGACGGCUUCUGGAGGCGGGAGAAUGAUCGCGACAUUCAAGACCAGUUUGAACGCACUAUGCGUGACACUGAAGCGCAUAGUGAGCGUGUCGCGGACUUUCUUGCAGAAAGUGGACCUUCGCGCAGUUCAUUCUCGACACUUCGCGGUGCGCUCGAUGAAAGGCACAUCAACGAUCGGACACAUCCUCGACGAGGCCACCGUCCUCCAAGUCGCCCGCAACCUAAUCCCGCCUCCAGAAUAACUCAAAUGGCCCCCAGGCAGCCUGCCGCUGAACCUGAGCCUUCUGCGACAACUUCUCACUGGACAACAUGGGAGCCCGUGCCGACAAAUCCGCCAUCUUCUUCAGAUUACCUUAGUAUGUCCCUUCCAAGCUCGACCACCCCCCAACAAGCACACUAUGACAGCUAUGGCUUUUACUAUUUCGACGACUUAUCCGAAGCGUCGGGACCGCUUCCGAUGCCGCAGCCUACUCGAACACGGGCAGAGUCGUACCUGGAGGCUAGUCGAGACAG